CCAGGGAUAACAAUGACCUUCGCGGGGAGCGCUUUGAUUGAUUGAGCAGUGAGCUUGUGCCCAUGCCAGAGGAAGAUGCACUGGCCCAGGCGCAGGGGCGCAUAGCGUACCUUGAGAACGAGAUCAAGAGUUUGCGCGCUGCCUUGCCAGCUACAACGUCGGUGGCUCCCAAAAUUGUGAUUGGCAGUCACCAGGUUGAUCAACGAACAUAUGAGGAGACAAUUCUGUUAGCAGUGUUGGUCUUCAUGCUGGGGUUGUGCCUGAUCCCAUUCUUGAGGCCUUUCAGAUAUUGCUGUGAAACGAGACUGCACAAGGUGUACCCCAUCAUUACCAUCAUCAACUUGAUUUUCUUGGCUGCGGCCCUCAACCAGCUCGCGUUGAUCAGCUUCAACGAUUUUUUUUUCGGUGUGGUCAACACCUUUGAAGAAUGCCUGGAGAGAACAGAGCAGGUCCUAAUUGGUGUGGCAGCGCUUUUUGCCAUUGGCGUGGUGUGGAAGUUCAAGGACCGAGUGUUCGAGGUCCUUGGUGUGGAGAACGCAUCGGCAAUCUUUGGCGAUUUCCGGGAUUGGGCGACCUGCUGGUCUAUGAAACGUUUCCAUCCUUUGGAAGUCUUCAUUUGGAAGGUCGAGGGUUUGCCCUCAGCUCGCCUACAUUCACCUAACGAUGUAUUUUGCGAGGUGUCUUUUGGCUACAACGUGGUCAUGAAGACUCGGGUUCACCACCGUGCAGGGCAUUCUUGCAAUUUCAAAGAGACGUUGCAGCUGAACUUUGAUCCAUUCGACUCUGAACGCCGGCUUACUUUGUCCAUCAAAAGCCAGG